UGUCAAAAACAUACCAAGCCCACAUAAACGUAGAAUAUUGCAAUUCUGUGAAAUCGAUUAAAUAUAUCUGUAAAUAUGUAAAUAAAGGCAGCGAUAUGGCAGUUUUUAGUGUGCAAUCUGAUAAGUGGAAUGUAACUAGAAAAGUAUUUGUACGGCGCAAACGAGGGGAGCCAGUCAACGGUCACCCUGGCAUUUUCAAAGAAAAUACAAUUGGUAGACUUUAUACAGUGCAUCCCAAUCAAGAUGAAUGUUUUUACCUUCGCAUGCUAUUGGUAAAUGUGCCUGGUCCUACAUCUUUCCAGCAAUUAAAAAUAGUUGACGGCGUCACACAUGCCACUUUUCGCGCUACGUGUCAAGCUCUGAAUUUAUUAGAAAAUGACCAACAGUGGAACAUAUGCAUCAAUGACGCGUGCAACACUGCACAUCCAAACCAAAUUCGCGCAUUAUUUGCGAUUAUAUUGACCGCUUGCUUUCCUUCAUCUCCCACAGAGUUAUGGGAAAGAUAUCGUUCGCAUAUGGCUGAAGAUAUUUUGCAUAGAGUACGCCUUGAAAAUGCCAAUAUGACCUUAGAAUUUACAGAAGCCAUUUACAACGAAGCAUUGAUAAAUAUUGAGGACAAGUGCUUAGCUAUUGCAAAUAAAGUUCUUAGUCAAUUAGGAAUGCCAGCACCAACCCGAACUGCGACUGCUGCAUUUGAUGUAGAUUUACACCAUGAACAGAGUUACAACAUUAAUGAUCUUCAGGCAUAUGUCCAAUCGAACAUUCCCAAAUUAACGUGGGAACAGAAAGGCAUUUAUGAUCGCAUAAUGCAAAUGAUAAAUGACGGAGUUGGGGGGACCUUCUUCUUGGAUGCGCCAGGAGGAACUGGGAAAACAUUCCUCAUUAGAUUGAUUCUAGCAACGGUUCGAUCAAAAAGUGAUAUAGCCUUAGCUCUUGCUUCGUCUGGAAUAGCUGCAACAUUGUUACCAGGUGGAAGAACUGCGCAUUCAGCUCUAAAGUUGCCAUUAAACAUGCAAAUCAUUGAGACUCCUACGUGCAAUAUUUCUAAAGCAUCCGGUAUGGGAAAAGUAUUACAAAAAUGUAAACUAAUUGUUUGGGAUGAAUGCACAAUGGCACAUAAAAAAUCGCUCGAAGCUCUUGAUCGAUCAUUACGAGACUUGUGUGGAAACGUUCAACCAUUCGGUUGA